AUGAAUCCAAAUUUUUAUUCUUUUCCAUAUUACGAUUAUCCACCAGAAGAUUUUAAUUUGAUACCUAAUGAAUUUUAUGGUCAUCAUUUAUUCCAUGGUGGACCUGCGAGUACACUUUAUCCAUAUUCGAACUUUCAAUUUAAACCGUCUCCUUUAUAUGAACGUAGAAACUUUCUAGAGUUUCCAAAAAAUAAAUUUGCAAGGGAUUUCUUUAUUGAAAAUAAUUUUCAUAAACGUUCUGCUGAACCACUCUUGAAACCACCAACAAUUUUCAUGGCGAAUCAAUUUCAAGAUGCUGAAAAUACUCAAGCUGAAAAUCUUAAUUCUGUUAAUAUGGCUGCGACUAAUGCUAAUACUUUAGCAAGCUCAAAAGAUAAAGG